GAAGUCCGACAUAUGGCCGUCUCCAAUCCGAGGAGGAGGCAUUUGUCUGGAGUGCCAUUCAGACCAAUGACAGCGGCAUGUGGGCGUGUGUAGAGAGUGUGUGAGGUGCUUUUUGAGUUUAGUAAAUGACUGCAGCAAGAAAUACCGCGCGGCUGAGGGGCUCGCGAGCGAUGGAAGAGGCUCCGCGCGCCGAAAAAUCAGCGUUUCGGCUUUUCUGACGAGGAUUCGAGGCGAAACGUUCAAACCCCCCCCUCCAAAAAAAAAAAAAAAAAAAAAAAAAAAAAAAACGAGCGGCGUCUCCUAACUGGACCAGACAAUGGAAUGCAGCACUAACAAUUCACCCCUGGGAAACAAGUACGUACCGAAUCAGACUACCUCAGCCAGAGGUAGCUAAAACUAACGCGGGGCUCGUUAAAGCGGCACGUUUCUUCACUGGGAUGCGCGUUGAAAGGAGCGUGCGGGAAAAGAGCAGACGCGCGCGUGCGUUUUCCCAAUGACUUUGGAGACAUCCCGGCUCUCCGAGGAGAUACAGCGCAUAGUUUCGGCUGUUUUAAAUGUUCGCGAUGGAGCGCCUCUGAAUACCCGCGCGUCUGACGCUGCUAUGGAUCGUCCGGAAUGAACAUCUGAAUUCGCCUCAUCGAGUUUUUUCUUUCUCCCCCCAACGCGCCGUUUCUUCCACCUGCGGUUCCGCAUCCCGGAGCGCCCGCUUCACCCACACAGCCUCCGUCGGGGAAAAUGACCGGCUCGCCCGCGCGCUCUUGAGAUUUCCUCGGCCCUUUUUUUUUUUUUAGGAACCCGAAACGAGCAAAGGACGAAUCGAUCACCUCAGAAGUGACGGAAGAAGGAAUUGUGGGGUGCACUGAGCUGUAGCUAACUACAUCCACUCAUCUCCUGACACAAUGUUCGCACUCGGGAUUUAUUUGUGGGAAACUAUCGUAUUUUUCAGCUUGGCAGCGUCCCAACAAGCGGCGGCUCGGAAAGCUGCCUCCCCAAUGCCUCCAUCAGAAUUCCUGGACAAGCUUAUGGGAAAAGUGUCCGGUUAUGACGCAAGAAUCAGACCUAAUUUCAAAGACCCACAAGGCUCCAAAUCGGAUGGUACUCACAAGAAAGGUCCACCUGUGAACGUAACAUGCAACAUUUUUAUUAACAGUUUUGGAUCCAUUGCUGAAACAACAAUGGAUUACAGAGUGAACAUUUUCCUGAGACAGCAGUGGAAUGACCCCCGGCUGGCCUACAGCGAGUAUCCCGAUGACUCCCUUGACCUUGAUCCAUCUAUGUUGGACUCCAUUUGGAAACCCGAUCUGUUCUUUGCCAAUGAAAAGGGAGCCAAUUUCCACGAGGUUACUACCGACAACAAGCUUUUGAGGAUCUCCAAAAACGGGAACGUUUUGUACAGUAUAAGAAUAACACUGGUUCUGGCCUGCCCCAUGGACCUGAAGAAUUUCCCUAUGGAUGUGCAGACCUGUAUAAUGCAGCUGGAGAGCUUUGGCUACACGAUGAACGACCUUAUAUUCGAGUGGGACGAGAAGGGAGCCGUGCAGGUGGCAGACGGGCUGACUUUACCUCAGUUUAUAUUAAAGGAAGAGAAGGAUCUGCGCUACUGCACCAAGCACUACAACACAGGGAAGUUCACCUGCAUAGAGGCUCGAUUCCACCUGGAGAGACAGAUGGGCUAUUAUCUGAUCCAGAUGUACAUCCCCAGUCUCCUGAUUGUGAUUUUGUCUUGGGUGUCCUUCUGGAUCAACAUGGAUGCUGCCCCUGCCCGCGUGGGCUUGGGCAUUACUACUGUGCUGACCAUGACCACCCAGAGCUCAGGAUCUAGAGCUUCUCUUCCUAAGGUCUCGUAUGUGAAAGCCAUUGACAUUUGGAUGGCAGUGUGCCUUCUCUUUGUCUUCUCUGCUCUGCUGGAGUAUGCGGCCGUCAACUUCAUCGCACGCCAACACAAGGAGCUGCUGCGCUUCCAGAGGAGGAGAAGGCAUCUUAAGGAGGACGAGGCGGGAGACGGCCGGUUCAGCUUCGCCGCCUACGGCAUGGGUCCGGCGUGCCUCCAGGCCAAAGACGGCAUGGCCAUCAAGGGCAACAACAACAACGCACCCACCUCCGCCAACCCCCCUGAGAAGAGCGUGGAGGAGAUGCGCAAGCUCUUCAUCAGCCGCGCCAAACGGAUCGACACGGUGUCGCGCGUGGCCUUUCCGCUGGUCUUCCUCAUUUUUAACAUUUUCUACUGGAUCAUUUACAAGAUCAUCCGCAGCGAGGAUAUUCACAAGCAGUAAAGAGAUGCGUAUCCAGCCGCCCCCGAACCCACCCCCUCCCCUCACGUCCCACCAUGCCCGCCUUCCUCUCACUGCAGCGCUCUCACUCGCUUACGGUGAUGACGAGUCCCUGGCAGAGGUAUUUAUUCCUUUUUUUUUUUUU